GCCGCCCCCGCCGCCCCCGGGGUGCAGAAGCAGCGGCGCCUGGCCGCCAACGCCCGCGAGCGCCGACGGAUGCACGGGCUCAACCACGCCUUCGACCAGCUGCGGGACGUCAUCCCGUCCUUCAACAACGACAAGAAGCUGUCCAAGUACGAGACGCUGCAGAUGGCCCAGAUCUACAUCAACGCGCUGUCCGACCUGCUGCGGGGGCCCGAGGCGGCCGCGCCCGCCCCCGCCGCCGCCGCCCCCGGCCCGGCCCCCGCCCCCGCCGCGGCUCCCGUCGGGGACGCGGAGCCCGGGCUCCUCCCGGGAUCGGUCCUGCCGCCGCUGCCCCCGGGACCCCCGGCCGGGCCGGGCAGGACGCGUUUCCCCGGGGCCCCCGCGGGGGGCUUCCCCCUGCCGCUAGACGCUCUGCACUUCGCCCCCUUCGACGAGCGGGCCCUGGGGGCCAUGGUGGCGCAGAAGGCGCUGGCCGGGACCCUGCUGCAGCCCGGCCCCGACGGCGGCCGCAAGGCCUCCCCGCGCUCCCACCGCAGCGACGGGGAGUUCUCCCCCCGCUCCCACUACAGCGACUCGGACGAGGCCAGCUAGUGGACGCCCCCGGGCCGGCCGGGCCGGACAGAGAUGCCGACCCCCCUCCCCCCGCAUCCCGCACCUCCCCCCGUCGCCGGGGAAACGGGAUGCCGCCUUCUCCCCCCUCCCCCUCCAUCCGGGGUGCCCCCCCACCCGCCAAACCCCGCACACGCCCGGGGCCCGUACCCCGGCCCCCCGGAGAAGACAGAAACACCAAAAGAUCCCCCCCCAACCCCCCGGGACGAAAGAUUUCGUUUUGUUCUCUUUGGCUCCGUUGACGUUAGGACAGGUAUUUAUUAUGGAGUGUUUGCUACCGUUUCUACCACCCCCCUCCCCCCCCCACACACCUUUUUUUUUCCCCCCCGUUUUGGGGUUCUUUUUGUACUGGUUUUUUUUUUCUAUCAGAGCCGUUUAUUUUUAAUUUAGCGGAGUCGGCGUGUUUUCCUGGGCGAGGAUGGCAAUAAAGGUGGGAAAGGAGCCCGUG